GCGGUUUGGGUAUCUCCGCUGGCAUGAGCCUUCGGUAUUAUUUUCGACUUCUCUCAAGCAAAAAUGUUUCAAUUCAUGCUCCUGUUCAGCCGACAAGGCAAAAUUCGACUUCAAAAAUGGUACACAGCUAUCUCUCAGAAGGAAAAGAAGAAAAUCACUCGAGACUUGGUGACCACAGUGUUGUCGAGAAAACCCAAGAUGUGCAGCUUUUUAGAGUAUAAAGAUAUGAAAGUCUGCUAUAAACGUUAUGCCAGUUUGUAUUUCUGUGUUGGUAUUGAAAAUGAUGACAAUGAGCUGCUUACGCUCGAGGUCAUCCAUAGAUAUGUGGAAUUAUUGGACAAGUACUUUGGAAGUGUAUGCGAGCUAGAUAUCAUUUUCAACUUUGAAAAGGCAUACUUUAUGCUGGAUGAGCUACUUAUAGGUGGAGAAGUGCAGGAGACUAGCAAAAAGAACGUACUUAAAGCUAUAUCAGCACAGGAUUUGCUACAAGAGGAAGGAGAGCUGAGGACGGCCCUGGAAGAAAUGGGACUUUCUUAAUUCCCACUUGCCCUUUUUUCUGUCUCACUUUUUCUCUCUUGCUCUUCACCAAGUCCAUAUCGACCUUUUUUGGGUGUGGGGCAUUUGACAGGGACCUUUCUCUCUCACCUUAAGUAGUGCACUUUACUUUUUUCUACAGGAGGGGGAAUUACAACGAACUCUGGAGGAGAUGGGGCUUGCUUAAGGAAUCCAUAGUCCCUAUUGCACCAAGGCAUUUAACCCUUAAACAAGCAUGCAUGCGCUUUGCUGAUCUUUAAAACCUGUUAAUUCCUUAUCCUUGACUUCCUGAUAUUAGAGUGAUUCUAAUUCCUUCCAACCAAAUUAAAACAUCUUUCAUCUUUUUUCUAUGCCCACUUUUGCUCGCUCUUUAUUUUCUAUUUCAUUUCUAAUUGUUCUACAGCAACUGGAACUGCAACAGACUCUGGAAGAACUUGGCUUAUCGUGAGGAGCCUUAACCUGGUUUUGCUGUAACUAUAAUACUAACAGCAGAAGCCUUAAUACCAUAGCCUUUCAAUGAUAAUUACAAACCAGCUGUUAAUCUUCUUAGCGAAACUAACAACAGUCCUUGAAAUAUAUGGUCAGAAGAGUGCAGAGUAAAUCGCAUUAGUUUUAAGACUGAUUAUGUGCAACCGUUUUAUAACUUGGAUCUAAUAUAAGGAGACAAAAGGGUAUAAAGAAGCAUUGUGCAUUAUCAUUUAUUAGCAUUUAUUAUACCUUCAUUGUUACAUUAAACUAUUACAGCUAUAUUUGUAAUUUUGAAAAACUGAGAAUUUGACAUCUGUGUGUGGCAGCUAGGAUUUGUUUUACCAUGAGAAAUGUCUUAUCUGUUAGACCAUAAAUCAUUGACUGCUCAGAGGAAGGUUUUUUGUUAUUGGUGAUGCACUAGAAGAAAUUAUGAAUUUGGCUGUAAGAACCACUAAGCUGAGCUGAAACAAGAAUCCUAAUAAUGCCUUUCAAGUGCAAACUUGUUCAACAGAACUCACAUCAGUGGGAAUGAUUUCUGCCAGAAAUUCCUUAUACACAAGUUUUAUUGGAAUUCUUAGAAGCAGAAACCAUUACAAGUCCCUGGCGAGUUUUGCUGUAGUUUUGUACACACCUUCCCCCUUCUCUGCAAUACUUUAUUGCAAGCAUUUAAACCUGUUCGGCCAGUUGCUAAGGCACCCUCAUAACCUCCCAAGUACACAAUGAGACUACCCCAUCCCCUAUAUCUUGACCCUGCCCUAGGGAAGUUGUGAUUAUUAUUAAAUCAUAAUAUUUUGUUCUUAUUCUAUUGCAUGAUCUGGGUAUCGUCGCUAUGUAGGCUAGACUACAUGCAUGUUCUCUAUCAUCUUUGUCUUGUUUUCAAUGAACCCACACACCUAUUGUUGGUUCGGGAGUCAAGUCUAUGUAAUCUGUUUAGGGGAAUAGAGCACUUUCCAUCAGGCAUCGUCCAGACUUGUCCGGUUCUUAUGUGAUAAACACAAAUACCUAAAAAUUCAAGGAGUAAAAAUCUACCUUUCUUGCAAAAUGGGCAUUGUUUAUAACACAAACAGUAGACAGGUAGGCUAGAAGGAAAGUACCCUAAAAACCGAUGGAGUAGAUUUGAAUUAAAGGAUUCUAGACAUUUGAAACACUAGCACCAAAACAUUUUUAUUUUAAACUCACAUGUCACAAAGAUAACAAAAUUGAGUUAGAUUACAUUGACAAAGGACAUACAACAAUCAAUCAGUAAUUUAUAACAUUUUUAAAUUUACAAAAAUGUUUCGAUGCUAGUGUGUACACAGCAAAAGUGAUCCUAUUAAUUGUAGUGAAGUCGAUAAUUACACUAUAAUUUCAUUUCUCGCUGAAAUAAAAAAGUGAAAUAGAUACAAAU